AUGCCGCCUCCCAGAACAAGAGCGGAGGUUCAAGCCCAGAAACAAAAGGAGAAGCUUGCCCAGUCCUACAAUGAGUUACUAAAAGAGUUCUCCUCGAAAGACCUCCGACAUGUUGGAAACUAUACACUGGGCAGAUUGAUUGGAAAGGGCUCCUUUGGAAAGGUUUACCUUGCUUCGCAUAAACUUACCAACCACUCAAAGGUCGUGCUCAAGUCGUCGGACAAGGAGGAUACAAACCUAGCUCGAGAGAUCCAUCACCAUCGCCAAUUUCUCCAUCCUCAUAUUGCGCGGCUUUAUGAAGUUAUUGUGACUGAAAAGCUUGUUUGGCUGGUUCUUGAAUAUUGUCCAGGUGACGAGCUGUACAAUUACCUUCUACGGAAUGGUCCGCUACCCAUCGACAAGGUUAAAAAGAUCUUCACCCAGCUCGUUGGAGCCGUAUCUUACGUCCACAGCAAGUCGUGCGUUCACCGAGAUCUGAAGCUAGAGAACAUCCUCCUGGACAAGCACGAAAAUGUGAAGCUCUGUGAUUUCGGUUUCACUAGGGAAUAUGAAGGCAAAGCGAGCUAUCUUCAAACUUUCUGCGGCACCGUAUGCUACAGCGCGCCUGAAAUGCUAAAGGCUGAAAAAUACGCCGGGGAAAGGGUGGAUGUUUGGAGCUUGGGCAUUAUACUCUACGCACUCAUUGGAGGAGAGCUUCCCUUCGAUGACGAUGACGACCAGGUUACCAAGUCGCGGAUCCUGAGCGAAGAGCCGGCCUUCAAUGACAAAUUUCCCGACGAUGCCAAGGCACUCAUCAACUUGCUUCUUUCAAAACGACCUCUUCUUCGUCCUAGUUUGAACGACGUUCUAGCACAUUCAUUUCUUUCUGAGCAUGCUCCGGAGCAGCUAGCAAUCCUGAAGCUUCCUCGUCCACCGCCAUUUUCGACGUCCUUGGAAAAGACUACCUUACAACGGAUGAAAAGCGCAGGAAUUAAUGUCGACGAGGUGAUGAAUAGUGUGCUUUCUCAACGUUGUGACGCCCUAGCUGGUUGGUGGGCUCUUUUAAUUGAGAAAGAGCAACGGAAAGAAGCCAAGAGAGAACGGAAACGGAGAGAGCGAGAUGCGGAAGCAAAGAAUAUCCGACGUCUGAGUGCAGCGAGCAGUCGCCUCGAAAAAAUAUCGGCUGCACUAGUUGAAGUGGAUGAAGAGGGUCAUUCAUCUGUUCCGGUUCAUGAGCGUGGUCGUAGGGAUCGCCGAAGCUUGCCUUCGCAGCUCGCUGUUCCUGAGCUGCCAAUGCUUCCAGAGCCACCUCUACAGACCCCUCCGCUCCCCACACCAACCCCUCCUCCAGUCGACAAAGACUCAAUCCGCUCCAAUAGCUCCACCCGCCGUCGCCCCCCCGUGCCACCGCCCAAGGAUCGAAGGCGCUCACGUCCAAGCGCAUUGCAUGUUAGCGCAUCUCAGCCAGAGUUGGCACAGCAUGGUGGAAUUUUCAGACGCCGUACCAAUCGCCGCCAGUACCCCAUUAUCAGUCAGUUGGCUUCAUUGAAGCAUUGGUUUGUGGAAUCUGCGAAAAGGGCGAAGUCACCCCAUCCAAAGUCGUCGGGUGGGACAUCAUCUCGCAAGUUUCUCUCUGAGAAGCUGAGUCCUGCAAAAGGCCAGGAGGGGACGAAAAAGACUACCUUGACAACUUCAACUCCGAGCCAGCCAAAUGAACUCACGACCCCAACCCAGAUAAAGCGUGCAUCCAAUGCAAGCAGUCUGGCCCCAAGUAGCGCAUCUUACCCAAAUCGUCGCCACUCUUACCCUCGGCAACCCCGGCCAGUAAGUACCAGCCAUGCGAGCCAUCGGAACUCAUUAUCCCCAUCGCCGAUCACUCCGAGGGGCUCGUAUCGGCGAUCUUCAGCUGGCCUACGAGGUCGCAAAUCAACAUCUUCAUCAGUCUCGUCCAUUCGGAGCAUCCACCAUGGUCACUCCCAUUCGAAAGCUUCGUCAAUAUCCUCCAACAGUAUCGGCUCUGCAUCAACACCAACGGCUCGGGCUGCGAAGUCUCCUCACACCUCGGUCAAGGUGCUUCCUACGACCCCCGGUGCAUCGGCGCGCUUUCCUUCCAACAUCCGGCUGGUUCGGAAUCCCAACAAUGGGCUCCGAGACGCGGAUGAUUCCGACAUUAUAGCUAAUUCGUCAUUCAACGAAGCCGCCCCUGCGCCGAUGUUGUAUUCUCCGUCCUCCAGCCUUGUUUUUGCACGGCGGAAAAGGACCACCUUCAAGGGCCCAAUGGUACACACAGCUAAUUUGAUGGCGUCCGGUGGAAUGGGCGCAUCAGAAUAUCCAAACGGAGAAGCCAGUGCUGACGGGCCUUCCCUUAAAGCUGCUCGACCAGCGACACGGAAGAGCCAAAUCAUUGAGGAAGAAGAGGACGCAGAGGACGAAUACGAAGAAGUUGAUACCUUUACUGGAACGGAGGAAGAGCCAGCUUCGCCCAUUGGCAUGGCUAGCUCAGAGCACCAAAACUCCGACAAUCCACCCGGACGCAACCAACCUAUUCUUGAGCCUGCUCCCGAACUUGACUCAAGUCCUCUUCGGCCUCCGCGCUCCUCCUCACUCAGAGCAAAGUCCCUCGACCCCAUAGUCGGGUCAAGCAAUGCUGACAAAACUGCUAUGAAUUCAUCUCCGAAAUCAGUGGUGUCCGGGAAACGCAUUUGA